AUUCGUCGAGAUGAACCCACCAUGCCCAAAUUGAAGAAAGCUCUUGCCAUACGAUGUUUAUGUUGGACGAGGCAACCAUCGUAACACAUCGAAUUUGCGAAGGAAGCUCCUUCCAAAGCGACUUGUAUUGGCAGCAAACGUUGUGUACAAAAAUCCUUCCUAGAUCCACAGAAGCAAAGCAUGAAAUCUUGCCUCAGGCAUGUACAUCUAUGAAUGAAUAUACGGAGCAAAAAGCUUCAUGACUUUGAAGAGUAUGAGAAGAAGAAAAUGAGAAUACUCCAGGACUGAAUCACGAGGCAAGGCAGUGUACACUGCACGCACUCAAUCUUUAAAAUUGAGAAAAUUUCAAUGUCAUGCUCGCACAUUCCAUACAAUUCCGAGCUUGAUCAGUAGUAGUCACAGAAUUGAGCCCUCUUUCUGCAACCACAAAAAGAGACGAGAGAUUCUGGAGCGAGUCAUCAAUCACGGGAAACAAACAGUUCAGGAGGAAUGCGACGUUGCAUGAAUCGAGCCAAAAGGCUGCCAAUCUCGACAUCUCGAUGCACUUGAGAAUGAGUUCUGAAUGGCUGUUGCGGUUGCGUGCUCACAUGGUGCAAGACGAGACGCCGUGGGACGACAACAAUCACUGAAGGACUGACAUGUGGAGACCUGCCUUGAAACGGUCCUCGAGCUCUGAAACGAUGCUGCAAUUUUUCUGCAGUUUUUAUGACGGACACAGGCCCGUGGGCCGUACUGCUGUCAACGAGGACAACGUGAGUUCCAGCUGAGAUUCCUUCUUUCUUCCUUCCAUCCAUCGCUCUCUGCAACAGGAUGUGGCUCCAGCAUUGUCGAUGAAUACUGCGGGCCUAAUCCUCGAUCGUCGAGAUCAGGACUGAGAAUAAUUGCAGAACGAGGUCGGACGAUGUCACUGAUGUCACUGUCACCGCAGAAGAGGAGGAAGAAGAAGAAGGUGCCCCUGGUCGAAUCACAAGCGAUGGAGGCAUUCGAAGUCGAAUGUACGCGGAGAAUGGCGUUCGCCAAAGAGGGAAGAUUGGGCCGAUGAACGAUGCCACCGUUAGUCAUCGUCGUCGUCAUCAUCGUCGUCAUCGUCGUCGUCUUCUUAGUGUGUCGGGAACCGAGCUCGAGCUGCGGAGGGAUGCACGAGCAUGGAGGCGGAGGAGUGAAGCCAGAGCAUUCGCCUUCCUUCCAUUAGCCCUCUGCUGCCAUUGAUUGCUGGAAGAGCAUUGAGCACCCUUGAGCUGGCCACUGGUCUUGAUGUCUCUCCCGUAGACUUGGACCUCUAGAAUCUUUCGAGCUGAAGCUCAGCCAUUGGUCCUCGAUGGUCGCCAAGUCCCAAGACUUCUGACUUCUCGAGUUUUUAAUUCGGAGUGAGUUCAUCCAUCGCUCGCUCCUUCCCUCCCUCGCUGCACAACUAGCUAUGAAGCGGCGGUGAAGCUCGCAGCUCCUCGAUGAUGAAGACGAUGGCGGAGCUCGGAGGCAGAGCGAGCACCUCCUCCAGCUGAAAAUCGAUCGAUCCCUUGGCAAGUUCAUGAGGCCAGCAGAAAAGCUUCGUAUCAUCGAGCAGAAUCAUCAUGAAGCAACCGUGGAGCAUCAGGCUGGGGCUGAAGCUCUUGUGGGUGAGCGCAGUGCUCGUGAUUCAGAGUGCGGUGGCAAUUUCAGAAGGCGGGUUCUCUAGCGACCUCUAUGGUCUCGUUUUGGAGGGUUGUCGGGACAAGCUGCAAGCAUGGAGCUCCCAGCAGCAGCAGCAGCAGCAGCUUGAAUCGAGCUCGAUGUUUUCGCCCUAUUCGUCGUCGGGUGUUUUUAUGAGGGGCAGGUGGUGGAGGCAGGAGGAGACGAGGCGCAAAGCAUCGUCGUCGGCUUCGGAAUUCUUCCAAGCCAGCGACGGGAAAUUCGACUUCUUAUCGUCGAGAAUCAACGCGUCCAGGGGAGGAAUUCACAAUGUCACCGCCUCGAUUUUCAUUCUCGACAGCAAGCAAACUCCCAUCGGUCCCAUAAUCGAAGCAUCGGGCCUGCUGAAUGUCGGCACGUGGGAGGCAUGUCUCGUGGGCUGCGCUGCCAAGCCUUUCACGAGCCCGACAUUCACCUCUCCCGACGACGACGACGACAGCAAAGGCACCGCCAUGAUCACUGCUGACAGCAGCACAGCCGGAGAAAUUCCCGACGAUCUCUGGCAAGGCGAGCAGCGCGAUUGCAGCCUUCGAGGGAGCAUGGAGUUCGUCGCAAACCAGGGCCCGAACGAUCUCACAGUGACAGGCACCAUGGAAAGCGCUCGCAACUCAUCGGACCCUCAAUGGUUCGCUCCGAUUUCUCUCAGCGGCAAAGUGUUCAACAAUGUCGACCAUAUGGCCUUGUACAGGCACGAGGUUUUCAUCGGGGCUGGAUUGUAUGCCAUCGAGGCUGCAAUCCUCGUCUGGCAGAUUAUUUACAGCGUCAGGUCUCCCUCGGGCUACUUCGUGUCGGUGCUGGCAAUUUUAGUGCAGAUUGUGGUGAUGAGCUUCAGUGCAGCUGGAAUGCUGUACAUUCCAAUUCGCCUGCUGAAUUACAGGCACCUCAAGCACCUGUUCACCAACUUGUUUCUCAUUCCCAGCUUCCUGAUCCUGCUGCUGAUCGUGCUCAAUUUCCUCUUCCUCUCGUUGAUCCUGAGAAAGCGGCGCAUGGCCAAGAGAAGCAACAUCCCUGACAGACCCCAUGAGAUUCGACUGGCAUCCGUGUGCAUCGUUCUCUAUGCGGCCAUCGGUGCAGUUCUGUGGUCGCUGCAGAAUUUCAGGACGUAUCUGCAGGUGGUCCGGUGCUGGUUUCUGCUGCCUCAAGUGGUGGCGAAUGUGUUUUGGGACCUGAGGACCAAGCCCUUGCAUCCUGUUUACACCGUGGGAGUUUCAUUGCUGAGAAUCGCUUCCAUAGGCUACGACUCUCUGCGGCCCACCAUUUAUGGCUACGAUGAAUUCAGUGAUUUUCCUUGGGGCUGGUUUUUGGGGAUCACCGCCACCGUUCUGUUCUUCCUCGUUUACUGCCUCGUGCAGCAGAGCUAUGGAGGCCGAUGUUUUCUCCCGCAACGUUGGUUCGGCUACCAGCAGCUGCCCAAGUCCAACAGCCAGGCCAGCCAGCAGGAAUCCUCAUCCAAACCCGAGGAUCGCAUUCUCGAUCUGUAGAUUAGAUUAGUCAUUUGUAGUCGUCUCUCGUCAGGUGCUAAAUCUUCAAUCCUGUAUCAACUCCAGAUGGAUAGAAGUAAAAAGCUGCACUCCAGAACUCAUUCUUCAUCUGACUAAUCUGCUCCUGCUCCUGCUGCUUUGCAUUCUCCUCCUCUUCGAGGAUGAAUCCUAUGAAUCCCCUAUUGCGUCAUCUGUAUUGUCUUACCUCGAAUCAGCUCACUCCCUCGGGAAUGACCAGACAGAUUGCGAAGUGAGGCCAGGCAGAUUCAGAGUUGCAGGUGAUACCAAGAUCUCGUUCGCCAGAGGUACGUUUGUUGCAAGCGCCAUCGCCGGGUCCCACGAUUUCCAAACACCCAGCAUCACGAGAGUUGUAGAUGAUGGAGGUGCACUCAGCAGAUAUAGCACCGCCCGUCCCGGGCUGCAAGAGUCAUCAGGCACUGUGGGUGAUGAUCAGUCAGGACACAGUGAGAGGCCCACCCAGCACAGCAAUCGAGCAUCUGACCUGCAACUCGAGCAGUCAGUCAGCAGCAGACCAACAUUGGCAAAUAUGUUGCAGCCGACGAUUCGGCCCUCGGGGUUUCCAGGAACGGCUAUCGUAGAGAUGUGCUUCUGAGACGGCUUCGAAGUUUCUGGCCAUCAAUUGCUGUCCUGAUUCCGCCAGUUCUUAUCACAUGAAUAAUUGUUGUUGAGGAUUAACUUCAACGGAAAGAAAAAUGAUGUAGAACAAUCCGCGCACUACAUCCAUCACGUCGGUUGGAGAACGCGACGAGAAGCAUCUUUGGACUGAACUGAACUGAAGUUAAACUGGAUGUGUGGACGAGGGAGCAGUCAAGUUUAUACAAGGCUCUAUCAUCAAGUUACCAUUGACAGUCCUAGAAUCCGAUUUCUUUCUGGUACCUCUUCGCGAAGAAUUUGUAACAAGAUUGCGAAGAAUCCGCCAGCUUGAGGUCCAAGGCAACGACACAGGCCAUUCCACAUCCACAAAGCAGGAAGAAAGAGGACGUCGUUGCAACAUUGAAGUAUGUCUACUUAAUCCUCAAGACACUCGACAUUCAGAUUCUAAGCACGAGUACAAAAAGCCUGAAAGUGUACGACCAUUCUCGAAGAUUACGACAUCGUCAGCGACUUGAGGGAGACUGAGCGUCAAGAGGAACAAUAUCGGAACUUGUUUUCUACCUGACUGCUCAUUCAAUAAAAAGCUGUGAUUUGAAGGUAGCAUAU